AUGUUGAUAAUUGAAUUGAGUGUUGGUCAAUUAGCUGGACUGAUUGGUAUUUUAAGUGCUCUUCUACCAAUUAUUAUUAGUGUGUUUGGCGUCAUAUCAAUAUUAAUGAGCAUCAAUAAUAAAAUGACUGCUUUAGAGUGGACAACUUUAAGUAAAGUGAUUGGAGAAAGUCUGCUUAACAUUUAUGGAGCAGGUGGACAACCUAUUUUAACAGGAAUUAGAUUAUUAUUAUGGGGUGUGGGAUCAUAUAAACGUAAUAUACUUUACUUACUCAUUGGAAUAUCUUUAAUAGCAUUAUUUGGAGUAUCAGCUAUUGCACCACUUGGUAUUUCUACGUGUGCAGUGACAAAUGAUAUAACGUCUGUUGAGGUUGAUGUCAUUAAGGCUGAUCCAUUAUUGAGUAAUGCAGUUAAUAACACAUUUUCUUUGAAGGAGCUAACAAGAAUUAGGGUGUGUGGUGUAGUUGUCUACCACCCAUGCCCAGGAACGAAAGGUGGGUUGUAUGUAGAUGAAGAAUAUGCAAUUGACUUUAACAAAACAUACAGUAACAAUGCAAUGAGAUAUCGUCUGUUGAAAACUAGUAGCAAUGAUAAUAUUUCGUAUCCUUCCCAUGAUUUUAUGAUGCUGAGUGUAACAACAAGUGUACGGAAAGAGGGUUAUGGAAUUAUUGACACAAUGGUUGUAGAUCAUGAUAAUGGUGGAUUUUUAGUAAAUAAUGUAAUCCAACCCAAUUUAAAAGCCAACGGGAGUCUUAGUUGGUCAAUUCAAGGCAUGUGGCUGCAACAGCACGUCAGUUGUCAUUCAACAAAUCUUACGAUGAUUUCAUGGAAAAAUGGUACUGACUUUCAGAGUGAAUGGAUAGGCUAUGUAGUUAUCAACAACACUGAUAUAAAUUCAUUGGGUAUAAAUCCAAUUGGCGAUCGAGGCCAAUCAACUGAUCUUCCAACAAGAAGCAUUAUGUAUAGUCGGAUGAUACAAGAUCUUCUUAUGGAAGGAUUAAAUAUGACAGCAAAUGGGACCUUUUUUGAGUCACCAGUUCUGUUCACUAAUUUUUUUGAGCCAAAAACUGUUGAUUCAAGAAGCUUAAGUGGAAAUUUCAAUAUGGGUGUUGAAUUUAAUGAUACACUUAUCUGGGAUGCUGAAGUUCGGUGUGAAGGAUAUACUGGAAUUGACAAUAUUUCAGAAAAUAUAGUCGGUGUUAACUGCUGGACAUUACUUGGAUUUCCCAUACAAACUACACGAGGUACUGAACAAACUUUUUACAGCUGUGCUAGCGUAGUUGAAGCAAGUGUAAAGACUAUCAACUUGCAAUCUAGCACAGCAGGAGCAAUUAAUGUAACAGAUGUGCAAACCAUUCCAGCACAAUGGUAUAUUGAAAAGGGUGUCCUUAAUAUUACUGACAUGGAUCCUUGGUGGGGAGGAGUUGAAUUUGGAGAAAAACUUCCUAAUAAUAGUUUAUUAGUAAGUGAAAAUACUCUUUUGUUACCAGCAGGAGCUUCUAACUUGUUUGGUAGCAGUAAUAACAUAUGGGGUUUUAGUUACGAUGCAAAUGCUGCUUCUGCUCCUGCUAUGGCAAUAGACAAGAUACGUAGCCUUAUGGAUGAUAAAACUGGUUAUCAUGGAAAUGGUAUCGGAAACUAUGGUUUAUUGCAACAAUGGAAAGAAAAUGGAUUAACUGAAAAAGGUAUAAGUGGUAUGUAUCAACGCCAGUGGAAUGAUAUUAUGAUCAACAUGGUGACUCCUACCAACCAAGCUAAAAUCGUUGGUACUGUUCAAUUUACGAUGGAAAAAACAUGCUAUGAUCCACGUUUUGCUAUACAAUAUUUUGUGGCCAUGAUUGGACUAAUUAUUAUAUUCUGUAUACUUUUGGCAAGUCUUAUGAAUGUUGGUUCUUUCAAUUCAUUGACUAAAAUUAGACUUGUUGUUCGGCAAAUGGAUCUUGGUAGAGCAAUAUUAAAUGCACAAGGAUAUGGAGAGGCGAGCAUAGUUGGUUCACCAAAAUGGAUAAAAAUAGAUGGUAAAAAAUUAAUGUUAUUAGGCGAAAAAGGUUUCGAAAAAAUUGAUUUUAGUGAAAAACCUUGA